GAACAACAAUAGGAUUAAGAGAUCACCUAUAUCAACACCAUCAUGCCCAGCCCUAGAAAUAGCCCAAAGAAUAGCCGUGAUCGAAGAGCUCUUGAUAACAGGCUGGAAUUCCUGUCACUGAUAGGCCAGAAGAGUCCAUCACCUCCAGAUAGUCCAUCGCGUCGCAAGGACUACACAGGCAGUUCUGGGUCUCCACAGACUCUACCUGAAGAAGACUGCAUGAAGCUGAACCCAUCUGUUGUGGACAUUGCCUUGCGUUCCUUGUUAGCCAUUGAUCUUUGGGCUUCUAAACAGCUUGGAGUAUGUGCUGGAGAGAGUUCCUCUUGGGGCAGUGCCCGCCCUCUCAUGAUGCUCAUUGAGGUCUCGGGACAUGGCAUUCCUUGGCUAGCUGUCACUCUGUAUGGGCUUUGUAGAAGUGACAGCUCAGCAUGGUGUGAGGUGCUGCUCAACUUGCUCUUUGCUCUGGUGCUCGAUCUAGUGUUGGUGGCUGCAGUAAAAGGACUGGUAAAAAGAAGGCGCCCAGCCUACAACAGGAUGGACAUGUUUGCCACUGUCUCCGUGGACAAGUAUUCAUUUCCCUCCGGCCAUGCUACCCGAGCUGCUCUGGUCUGCCGGUUUAUUCUACAUCAUUUUGUACUGGCGCUCCCUCUGCGGGUGCUUGUGAUUCUUUGGGUCUUUGUUGUGGGAAUCUCCCGAGUUAUGCUGGGUAGACACAAUGUGACAGAUGUGAUCUGCGGCUUAAUAAUAGGUUACAUGCAGUACGGCCUGGUGGAAUACUUCUGGUUGUCACCUGUCAGUGCUCCUUUCCUCUUUUCAUUGUGCAGUUGACAGUGUUGAACAGAUCUAUUAAUCCCUGCACGAAGAAGGAAAAAAAUCAUAAAGAUUCAUCUGAUCAGCAAAAUGCAUAGGUAGGACAAACAAAAGUCGAUAUAUGAGUUGCUUUGGUGCUUAUUCAGAGGUCUAAGUGGUGCCAUCUUGGUGUUUAAAUAUUUUGCUGGGCUGGAGCAUGAACCAACCCAUAAAACUGCACAAAAUCCCUCCAUUGUACAAGUGUGUUUUUGAUAUGACACAGCACUGGGACUCUGAAGCCAACUAGUCAUUCAUACUUAGAUAAAAUUUUUAUACUGUGUUUGUCUAAUGUACACUGUGUCAAGCUGAUGCUGUAAGCUGUACUGGUGCUGAUAGCAUUUGAAAUUGUAAUAAUGGCAUGACUUGUGUCUCUCUGAUGUGUUUAGAGAAUUCAUAGUCUUUCAUUUAAUAAUCUCACUCUUCUACAGAGUUCUAACACUUUGUUUAAUAGGUUGUUAUUUCUUAGGCAUCACUUUUGUCUGCCUUCAUUGCAUUUUGUCAGGGUGGAUAAUAAUGUAUUUGUUUUAAAAAAAAUUAAAUUGAAAAUUGUUUUUUUUAUUUAAAUCAUCAAAAAAAUCUGAUUUUUAAUUUUUUUAAAAUGUAAAUCAAAUACAACUGGUUUUUGUCAUGGAGCUGCUUCCAAGCAUAAAUGUGAAAGGUAAAAAGAAUCAUACUUGGAAAAAGAACACGCAUAUCUUAUCAGUUUGCUAAAUAGAUCAUUUAACACUUCAACAAAGGCUAGCAGGAUAAUGCCUGGCUGAAUGUUUCAGUAUCCCAGAAAGCAGAGCUCUGCAAGCAGAUAUUUCAGACUUUGCCUGUUUCGAUUGUAUAUCUGCUCCUAUUGCUAUAACACCAUAUUUGUUGUCCUUGCUGUGUUCUACUUCCAAGGUCUUAUUAGACUGUAUCUAUUUCUGACUUGGUGUGGAGGCUGGUGGGUAGCUCUUGACAGUUUAGGAAAAACACAAUAGAACUGAUGUAAGCAAGCAAAUUUGGAAAGUUGCUAUCUCUUGAUACUUUAUUGCUUAUUAGGCUAUCAUGAUCUGGUGAAACUGAGAAGUACAAGGUAGAUUUGGCACCCCUUCCCCUCCCCCCCAAGACUGGGGUAAGCUCAACAUACUUGCACAGACUAGCAUGGGCCUUUCUAGAACAUUUGUUAUUUUUUAUUCUCCAGUAUUUAACUCUGGCAUUGUACACUAGACAUGUGGAUGAACUGCCAAAAUGGCAGGUCUUUGUGGGUUGUCCAGAUUGAUGACCCAUGAAUUUCCCAAGGGAUUUCUGACAAACCACAAAUUGGUUUGUAAGGUUUUCUUUAGACAACUUGUGGUUGUCUAAAGAGAAAAACUGAAGCCCCCACCCCCUUCCCACUGCCUGCCUUUGCC